GGGAAGAGGGUGGUGGGGCAGGUGUUGCCUGGAGGUGAUGGGCAGUGGCAUUAUCCUGGCCACAGUAGCUGUGCACGGGGCUUCCUGUGCCAUUACCAGGGCAGUACACAUGACUACAUUCUCUUACAUAGGGCAUGGGUGAAGCCAAUAAGCAGAAUGUACGUUGUCAGAAGUGCCUAGAGCUUGGCCACUGGAGCUAUGAAUGUACCGGGAAAAGAAAAUAUCUGUACAGACCCUCUAGAACAUCUGAACUAAAGAGAGAAUUAAAAGAAAAAGAAGCAAGAUUGCUUUUAGGGCAAAGUAGUGCCAACAAUAUGCCAGACACAAAGAUGAGGAAGAAGAGGUCUAAAAGUGUCACAAGCUCCAGUAGUGACAGCACAAGCAGCAACAGUUCAGAUAAUGACCCUUCUUCAGACAGCGAGGACACAUCCAGCUCCUCCUCCUCUUCCGAGGACUCCUCCUCCAGCUCCUCCUCCUCAUCAGAUAACUCCUCUUCAGAAUCUGAGUCCGAGUCGGACUCUGAGUCGGAGACCAGCAGUAGCAGUGGUACUAGCAGCAGUAGCAGCAGCGAAGAAGACAGCAGCUCAGAAGAUGAGCCACUUAGGAAGAAAAGAAAGAAUUAGAGGUGUUGAAACCUUGCUGUCUUUAAAGAUCUCUCAAACCAUCCAUGUUGGGAUAAUUUGAUUCUUUGUAGAGAAAUCAAAAAAGGAACCUAUACUUUAAUGAAAUGCCUGUUCGGCACCGAAUUGGUGUUCUCUUCCUUCGUUAAAAAGUUUUCAGUCCACAUGGAUUUAAGUACUGAAUGUCAUGUUCUCGCUAGAAAUAUAGCUUACAAGAGUUUCUAAGUAAUGUAUUUUACUCUCUGGAUAUAAAGGUGGCAGAUCCGUUAUUUUUUUCCCUGCUUUUAUUUAGUAAGACCAAAUGUGACAUGUAAUUUCCACGUUGAUAUCAAAGCAACUUGGGUGUCAUAUUGUCUGCAGUCCAUCUGCCAUGGAGUGUAACUUAAUAUGUACAUAUGUUGUCUGUGCAAAUUAAAAAAAAAAAAAAAAGAUAGUUUAACAAGAGCUAACAGGGUGUAAAGGUUUGACCCCUCAGCUGAAGAGUUGUGUAACACAGCUUUGGGGAUUAUUUUUAUAGAGGAAUAUUAUGAAGGAUUUAUCUAAAUACUAAAAUGUGGAGAUGUAAGGCUGUAGCUGCAGACACGAGGUGGUGUUAGUUAUAUUUUUAUGAAGAGAGACAGAGAAAUGGGCCAUACUUUUAGCUGUUUUUUAUCGUGUAAUUUACCAGAUUGCAAAGAUGAGUUUCAUUGUGAUUUUCAAAGUGCCAUGUUUGUAAAUAGGCCUGCGACUGUAUCCUGUGGUGCGGUCUAGUCCAGCACAGCAAGGAAUAAUGUCACCUUGUAUUACGUCUUCGGUUAAUAAACAUUUGUCUAUUUGCUAUUA